GGCUGCUGCCGUCGUUGCUUUUCGUUGUCGUUUUCUUUGAGCUUUUGUCGUUGUGAAGCGGGUGUUUGUCAACCGCCAAAAUUGCCCAACGGAGCGCCGGGACAAGUCGGCGGAACGCGCCGGCGUCUCAGGCUUUGACAACUUUGUUGCCUUGCCACCAACGAAGCUGCGAUUUUCAAAUCUUUCUAGAUUGCAUCAGCCUCUUUACCUUUUCACUGUACAAUAAUACGACACGCAGCCAUGGCUUCUGAAGAUGCAACCAAGCGCGAGGAUCUUCGUACCGACUUUGUGACUCUCACAAACGACAUUCUUCAACGGCAACAACACCAACCGCAAGCGAAGGGAGAUCUCACCAUUCUCCUCUCUGCCAUCUCCUCCGCGUGCAAGUGGAUUUCCAAUGUUGUGCGAAAAGCAGAACUCUUGAAAGUCAUUGGCGUCACUGGUGGAACCAAUGUCCAGAAUGAAAACGUCCAAAAGCUUGAUAUCUUGUCUAACCAGAUCAUGUGCAACCUUCUCCGCGACUCUGGAAAGACUGCCAUCCUUGUCUCUGAAGAGGAUGACGACGCCAUCUUCAUCGAGGAUGGCAAGAAAGGAUUCUACUGUGUUUGCUUUGACCCACUCGAUGGUUCGUCCAACAUCGACUGUGGUGUCUCUAUUGGAACGAUCUUUGGGAUCUACCGUGUGAAGGAUACCCACGGCAAACCGAGCCUUGCGGACGUUCUGCGACCGGGAACAGAGAUGGUCGCUGCUGGCUACUGUAUGUACGGAAGUUCGACAGUGUUGGUGCUGACCUUCCAAGGAUCAAAUGAAGUCAAUGGGUACACCCUUGACCCUCACAUUGGAGAGUUUGUUCUCACACACCGUAACAUGAAGCUGGGCAAGAAGAAGAUUUACUCUAUCAACGAAGGAAACGAAUCAACCUUUGAUGACGCCAUCAAGGGCUACUUGAAGUCCGUCAAGUACCCACCGCCAGGCCACACUGGCAAGUUCACUCCUUACUCUGCACGUUAUGUUGGAAGUAUGGUUGCUGAUGUUCACCGGACAAUUUUGUACGGAGGCAUCUUUAUGUACCCCGGAGGAAAGCUGCGUAUUUUGUAUGAAUGCUUUCCAAUGUCGCUUUUGGUUGAAGCUGCCGGUGGAAAGGCGUCUACUGGCCGCAAGAGAAUGUUGGAAGUGACUCCAGAGUCUCUUCACGCACGAUCAGGUAUCAUUUUGGGAACGAAGGAAGAGGUGGACAAGGUUGAGGAAUUGUAUAAACAGCUCGAUGCCGCCAAGCAGUAGAAUGUAUUGCUAUUCCGUUUGGUACUAGAGUUUGCAAAAUCGUAAUAUGGUUUUCUAUACAUUUGUUCAACAAGAUGCAAUCCAACAUGC